GCCGUUUGGCUUUACUUUCCUCCCCUUGCUGGGAACUGUCGUGGGACUUGCGAUCGAUAUGGGUACAAUCUGGCUUGGUUGGGAUAACCGGUCUGGCGGUGACUGAUCGACUCCCGGAGUUGACUUUCGAUGGCCACGAUACUAUAUAUGAUUUACCCUCCGAAUGCAGCAAUUCAGAGUUCUGCAGGAGACACCGUAGAACUCUUAUUCGGUGGGAGGAUCGAUUGGCACCAACGCCAUGUUGUCUCCUGCCGUUUUCAGACGGUCUCCUUUUCACAUGGAGGAUGUGUGUGUCUUCCAGCAAAGUUGUUUGUCAGUUGUUUCACUCUCUUUCCGGCCGCAUCCACUUCAUGUCUCCGCCGCCAUAACUUCGGUCAAAAGCGAUGUCACCUGUUUCCUCGGCUAAUCUAUCGUUAUUGCUGGCGCGGAACUCAUGAUAUUGUCACUCGGUCAUAUCCGCUUUCAGGCCCCAGUCCAUGGGCUCACCUGGAUUUUAGAACAAGUAUAUUGCUCGAGCUAGUGGCGUCUUGCUUUGACCCAUUGAUUCUCUUCUUGGCCGAGUUAUUUGCUUUUGGCCCGAGGCUGUCCUGCAAGCCCAGCGUUGUGUGUAUGGGAAAUGGCUCCGCGAGACCACAUACCUUAAUCAAAGACUUCUUGGUAAGAUUUGAUCACACUCAGCCACGCCCCCCUCCCAUACCGGCCCCCCUUUCUUCCAUGAAUAACCUCUUUGCUUUUCUCGGACAUAUGGAUGCAGACCGCAUGGGUCUUGUCCACUCGGAGACUGACAGGUCAGACGACGCUGGGGGGAAGUAAUUUCUUAUCGCGCAGUUCCGUGCCGUCUUCGAGAACUUGGGGAUGUUUUGUUUUUGACUGGAAUCUCCUGACGAUCAGGGUUGUUGCAUUUGAUUCAAAUAUGCCCCCAUUCCCUCAUUUCUUCCCGGAAUGCUGAGUCGAUUGUCUACGCCCUGAGA